CUGCUUUUUUUUCAAUUUUUUGAUGAGGUGUCUCACAGACUUUUUUGCUUUGCAGGGUCUUCGAUCUGAAGUGAAUAAACAUGUCACAGAGCAGCUGUCAAGUCAUAUUGGUCUCUGCUUUAAGUACAUGAAAGAAAGGAAAGAGGGCGGAGACAAUUCCUCCCAACAGCAAGCAGACCAGGAAGGAAUGUUGGUUCAACAGCAACAAAAAGAAAUAGUAAUGAGUAAUGAAGUGCACCAUCUGAAACAUCAACUUUGGAAGACCAAGGAAGCACCAAUGAGACAUGGGAUGGCACUGCAAAUGAUCAAGUUGAAGAAGCAAGCAGGACGUUUUUGCGAUGGAAUAUAUACCUGGAGAAUAGAAAAGUUCAGAGAUUGUUUCCAAGAUGCCAUCGGUGGAUCUUGCACAGCAAAGUAUAGCCCUUCAUUUUACACCAGUCUGUACCUUGGUUACAACCUGUGCAUGUGAAUUAACA